CUCGGGGAGAAACAUUCUAAGUCACCUGCCCUCUCUUCCUGGGGGGACCCAGUCCUGUUGAAGACAGAUGUGCCGCUGAGCUCAGCUGAAGAGGCAGAGUGCCACUGGGCAGACACAGAGCUGAACCGUCGCCGCCGGCGCUUCUGCAGCAAAGUUGAGGGCUAUGGGAGUGUGUGCAGCUGCAAGGACCCCACACCCAUCGAGUUCAGCCCUGACCCACUCCCAGACAACAAAGUCCUCAAUGUGCCCGUGGCUGUUAUUGCAGGGAACAGACCCAAUUACCUGUACAGGAUGCUGCGCUCUCUGCUCUCAGCCCAGGGGGUGUCUCCCCAGAUGAUAACAGUUUUCAUCGACGGCUACUAUGAGGAACCGAUGGAUGUGGUGGCGCUGUUCGGUCUGAGGGGCAUCCAGCACACUCCCAUCAGCAUCAAGAAUGCCCGCGUGUCUCAGCACUACAAGGCCAGCCUCACUGCCACAUUCAACCUGUUUCCGGAGGCCAAGUUUGCUGUGGUCCUGGAAGAGGACCUGGACAUUGCCGUGGAUUUUUUCAGUUUCCUGAGCCAAUCCAUCCACCUACUGGAGGAGGAUGACAGCCUGUACUGCAUCUCUGCCUGGAAUGACCAGGGGUAUGAACAUACAGCUGAGGACCCAGCACUACUGUACCGUGUGGAGACCAUGCCUGGGUUGGGUUGGGUGCUCAGGAAAUCCCUG